UGUUGCAGAGGCCUGGGGGGUUCUGUUCCCCAAAGCCCCAGUUCUUCUCUAACCUAAGCCUCAGUUACCUUAUUUUCAAAGCAUGGUGACCUGCCCAAAUAAGGAAUUCAAUUUCUGUGAACGUUGAUUUCUGUUCCCUUCUCUUGCCAUCCCUACAGAGCUCACCCAGAGCAGGGUCUUGGUCACUAAGGAAUCAAGGUCAAGGUCAAGCUGAACACUCCUCCACAUUGGCUUGGGUCCCAAGUUUCUCCUCAUCCUGACCAUGAGGGCCUUGGUGGCUGUCUUCUCCUUCCUCCUCCUCCUUCUCCCUGGCUUCUGCUUGGUGAUGUCAGCUGAGCAAGCUUCCUCAAUUGACUUCGUCCCCUGCUGCAACAACUUCAUCAAACAUCGGAUCCCGCAAUCUCUUGUGGUCGGUUUUGUUAGGACCAGCCCCCGGUGUCCCAAGCCCGGAGUUUUGUUUGAAACCAAACAAGGACUGAAAGUCUGUGCCAAUCCAGCUGUCCACUGGGUCCAGAGGUAUAUGAAAGGCCUGGAUCUCCACUAA